CCAUGCUCGCUGCAAGGACGGUCCUGCUGCUCAUGCUGCUCCUCACCUUCUCCCUGCACCGUGCCACAGCCCACAUCACGCCCAUCGAAUGCUGCUUCAAGUACGCACAGAAACCCGUCCGACACGUGCAGAGUUUCUAUGAGAUGCCCAGCGACUGCUCCUUGCCUGCAGUUGUGGUUGUGACUGCCACCGGUGCCGAGAUCUGCACUGACCCCAAGAAGCCCUGGGUGAAAAGAGCCAUGAAAAAGCUUCAAAGGAAAAAAUUGAAAUCUCCUUCUGCCAUCCACAGUCCUACCCACACAUCCAGUCUUCCCGUCUCCGGAGGGAGCAGAUGA